CAUGUCGCAACACAGCAAACGCUUCCUUACACGCAUCCCUCACACGCCUCUCUCAAUCUCAUUCUCUUUAUUUAUUUACUCUUUUUUCCCCUUCAUUUCUCACCUCGCGCUUCUAACAAUCCUUGAUCGCGGCUUGAUGAAUUGACCGCCAUAAACCGUUGACGAGAGUUUGCGUUUGAAUUGAUUUUGAUGGCGUUGUGUGCGGGAGUAUGCUCGAGGUCUUCUUUUGAUUUUGCUGAUGUGCCAUUUUUGAGAAGUGGCAAUUUGUCGAAAAGACGAGUGUUUUUGCCUGUGGUUUUGAGAGAUAAUAAGAGCCUCCACAAGCAGAGGUUGAAAAUUGGGUGCUUUGCUUCGAGAGGAAAUGUGACGCCUGAAUUAGAAUCUGAAGAGAAUGCUAGUGUGAGUAGCUCCAAGGAUGAUGAUGGUGAUUUUAGUCACGUGAUAAAGUUCAAGAUGUCGGAUUUCAAGAUUCACGAUCGAGUUAGUAUUGGUCUUGGAAAUAGGGGUGAUGAAGUAGUUUAUGAAGCCACAGUGAAGGAACCUAGUAGUCCACUUUUUAACACAAGAGUGGUACUUAGGCGGCUGGUUAGUACUGGUGCUAAGCGUAGGGGAAAACGUGCAAUUCAGGUGUUAAAGAAACUAGUCCGCCGAAGACUAAUGUACCAUUCUUACUCGAUGCAAGUUCAUGGCUAUGUCUGCUCAUCCACAACUGAUGAUAGUGAUUCAUUCGUUCUAGUUCAUGGAUAUCAUGGCAGUUUGUCUUUGAGACAUUGGCUUGAACAAUCAGAUUGGCUUCCAACGUUGGAAGCUACUAUUGCAUUGGAUGAGGAAUCUGUCAGGAGAGUUGGUGACGUUACAGUGGGAGGGCCAGCAGUUUCUCGGCAGUUACGCCUUAUUCGAAUUUUAAUGCGAGAUCUAUUGAUUGGAGUGAAUUAUCUGCACAGCCAUGGACUUGCACAUACAGAGUUGAGACUUGAAAAUUUGCAUAUCAGCCCUGUUGACGGACAUAUCAAAGUUGGGCUUUUGGGAAAUGCUGCUUAUUUUCAUGAUUGCAACCCAGCAGAUGAUAGCAAAGUCGACGGCUACACUGACAGGCGAAAAAUGAUGAUUGCAUUUGAUAUGAGAUGUGUUGGAUUUAUCAUGGCUAAAAUGGUUCUGAGGGACCUUAUGGAUCCGAAUAUGUUUGCUAGGUUCAAAGCAUUCCUUUCGAAGGGAAAUGAUCCUUCCUGCUUGCGUGAAUUUCUGAUGCAUACUGUCAGCAGGAAUUCUUCUCUGGAAAAUGAUGGAUUCCAAAUACUUGAUAGGAACUGGGGUACUGGUUGGAAUUUGUUGUCCUUACUCCUUGCUACCAAACCGUCAAAGAGAAUAAGUUGCUUAGAUGCACUGAAACAUCCUUUCUUGUGUGGACCAAGAUGGCGUGUAGAUCCAACAAUGGACAUGAUUAGAUGGAGCCUGGGUUCUACUGCUGUUCGAAUUAUUGAGGAAUACAUUUAUGGCAGACAGCAGCGACAAAGAAUUGCACAUUUCAUUGAGCUAGUGGAGAUGCUAAACCCUCAUUCAAAGCCAAGGAAUUGGUUGGAUCAGUUGCCUGGUAAAUGGCGUCUCCUCUACAGCACAGGCCGUCAUAUAGGGCUGACCCUUCGACAAGCUCCAACCCGUCUCCUCAUCGGUGAUGUGCACUUGAAUGUCUGUAAACUCGCCAAGCCACAUGCAACUUUUUCGUUGGAAUCAGACAUAUGCUUCACAGUCAUGCCAGGUAUUGGUAAUGACUGGCCCCACGAAAAAACCGGAACAAGUGGAAGAUUACAAGUGACUUCUCUCUCUAAGCUGAGGGCCGGGAAGCGAUUGUACAUAAAGGAGGAAAUGUCCACCAAACUCCGUCCAAGCACACCGGAUAUCAGCGACUCUGUUCUAGAAAAACUGUCGAGCAAGAAGUGGAGAAAGAUUAUGCCUAUAAAGGAAUUCCCUUCGAGUCUACCUGUUGCAAAACUUGUAUCGUCUGAUGUUGAUAUCACGAUGAGUCUGGACGAACCAUUGACAAGAGAUAUAAAAACCGCGCAAGAUGUGAUUCGCGAGGUGAGAAUGCAAGUUCCGCCUGAACUGUUCGAUCCGUCGAAAAUCGUAUGUGGCACUUACGUAGAUUCUAGGCUGCUUGUCCUUCGAAGUGUGAAUGGUUCUGCUGUGUUGUUCACGAGGGUGGUACAAAAUUGUUGAUCAAAAAGCACUUGUAAUGUACAGACAGUUAGGCUUUUAAUAAUGCAGAAAAUUUUACUAGCCUCAGUUUGGGAU